CUCUCUCUUGUAAAAGGCACAGUAAAAGAGCCAUGAAGAGAAUGAAAAGAAAAAGGAUUGAAGAUACAGCUGAUAUACCAUCAUACAUGUCGAACCAUAGCAUUUUCUCUUAUUAUGAAAAUAAGAGAGCUGAAACUGAUUGCCAGUCAGUGGAUAAUGAUUGUGGCCAUCGAGGCGAUGAGGCUGCAAAACGCAAUGAAGAUUAUGAAUGGCUUUUACUAGGCCUCAAUGAUGGUGACGACUCUUUAGAGAAAGUACUUCACAACCUUGACAAUAUCCAGUCUAAGGUUCUUAGUCUUAAGACCAAACUCAGCAAGGUAAUGAGCAAAAACUCCAGGGAAAUCUACCCCAGAGCUAGAAGCCUUAGUUGCUCUCCCGUCAACAAUGGAGAUACCAUGCCACAAAAUAAUAUAUCUGAAUUUUUGCUAACUUCUAAGGAUUGUAGAAAAUCUCUGGCAUCAGUUAAAGCGAAUGGGAGUAAAAUGACAGUGAUGAAGACCAUAUGUUCUUUAAAUCAGUUAAAGCAAAGAUAUUUACAGAAGGAAAAAACUAGUGGCCGAGAUGGCAAUAGUGUGAUGUAUGAGCUUGCUGAACGAGCAUUACAUGAGUCCAUGAAAUAG